AUGCCAGACUCCGAGCUAGUCGUUCCUGCUCCCUGCCAGGGGGCGCUGCCGUUUGACCAUGACAACCUGCGGCAGCUGCUGGAGAAGGUGAAGAGUGGGGUGUUCCACAUGCCCCACUUCAUCCCCCCCGACUGCCAGGCGCUGCUCAGGGGCAUGAUUGAGGUCUGCCCGGACAAGAGACUCACGCUAGAGGCCAUUCAGAAGCACACCUGGUAUCAGGGGGGCCGUAACGAGCCGUGUCUGGAGCAGCCUCCGCCCCGGCGUGUGUGUGUGGGCCGUGUCCUGUCCGUGGCUGAGCUGGACCCUGACGUGCUGGACAGCAUGCACUCCCUGGGCUGCUUCAGGGACCGCAGCAAGCUGACCAGAGACCUGCAGAGUGACCAGGACAACCAGGAGAAGAUGAUCUACUACCUGCUUCUGGACAGGAAGGAGCGUUACCCCAGCUACGAGGACGAGGAUCUGCCUCCACGUAAUGACGUGGCUGACCCCCCUAGGAAGCGUGUGGACUCCCCCAUGUUGACGCGUCACGGUCGCUGCCGGCCGGAGAGGAAGAGCCUGGAGGUGCUGAGCGUCACAGAGCAGGGGUCUCCCACCCCGCCCCGCAGGGCCUUGGACACCGCACACAGCCAGAGGUCUCGGUCGGUCAGCGGGGCCUCCACCGGCCUGUCCUCCAGCCCGCUCACCAGCCCCAGGUCCUAUCAGAGCCCUGUCUUCACCUUCAGCCAAUCAGACGUCACCUCCGCCACCUCCCACCCCAAGGACACGCCCAGACAAGGGAGUUCCACGGCGCCCCGCCCCGCCCGCACCGCGGAGAAGCUCAAGCACCCCCAGAACCCCAAAACCCAGACCCUGCCCACCAAGGGCCCCUCCGAACGCCCCCACCUCCAGCCCAUCAAGUCCCUCCCCCUCCACAACUCCCCCUCCCGCUCCCCCUCCCCCUCGCCCCUCCUCUCCCCCAUCCCUCGCCUGUUUUUCUUCCCCUCUCCGUCCGUCCUCAAGUCUGUCACUAAGAGCUUCUAUUCCAACUCUGGUCACUGUGUGUCGCAGGUCACCCCGCAGGGUUCCCCCCUGCCCACGCCCCUGGGCACCCCCGUCCACCACCCCCACCACCCCUCCUCCACCCCGCCCUCCUCCUCCUCCUCCUCCUCUUCCUCGCGGGCAGAGGGAGGGGGCGUGGGCUCUCUCUCCCUCACCCCGCCCUCCAGCCCAGGAGGGGGCGGCAUGGCCGCCAGUAGCUCUGCCCACUGGAGGACCCGCCUCAACUCCUUCAAGAACAACCUGCUGGGGUCGCCGAGGUUCCACCGGCGCAAACUGCAGGUUCCAACUUCUGAAGACAUGUCCAGUCUGACCCCGGAGUCUAGUCCUGAGCUGGCUAAGAAGUCGUGGUUCGGGAACUUCAUCAGCCUGGAGAAGGAGGAGCAGAUCUUCGUUAUGAUCAGAGACAAACCUCUGAGCUCCGUCAAAGCUGACAUCGUCCACGCCUUCCUGUCUAUCCCCUCCCUCAGUCACAGUGUCAUCUCCCAGACCAGUUUCCGGGCAGAGUACAAGACCUCGGGCGGCCCGUCGGUCUUCCAGAAGCCGGUCAAGUUCCAGGUGGACAUCGCCUUCUCCGAGGGCGAGCGGGAGAGGGAGCGGGAGAGGGAGAGCAAGAGAGAGUCGGGUAUCUACAGCGUGACCUUCACCCUCAUAUCAGGUCCUAGUCGCAGGUUUAAACGAGUGGUUGAGACGAUCCAGGCCCAGCUUCUGAGCUCUCACGAUCAGCCCAUGGCACAGGCCCUCUCCGACGAGAAGAAUGGCCGUCCCCACGGGACCCCCACCCGCCAGAACUCCCGCCGCUCUGAGGGUGGGGGCGACCGCUGUGAGUGGGGCGACCGAGCGGACGGAGCGGGGAUCGGAGGCAGCGGGGGUGUCCUCCAGCGCCGGGGCUCCGGGAAGGAGAGGACACGCCUUCUGUCCUCCAACGGGACCCAGUCCCAGCCCUAGGACCCAGUCCCAGCCCUAGGACCCAGUCCCAGCCCUAGGACCCGGCCCGCGGAGCAGACAGGGAGCAGGGCCACAAAACAGGAAACAGCAGAAAACAUCACCAGGGACGAAAACCAAAACACAAACUUGUCAGCUGUGAGCGAUCUGAUCUGUCCUGCUUCCAGGAAGAAGCUUUUCUCACGACGUCCUCCUUAAGGAACAAAUAUUAUGAUAGAAAUUGCUUUCGCACCACUCACACAUCCGCUCAAACGGACAUCUAAGUUGACCCACCAGAUCCAGUAGGGAUCCUGCUCUGGAAUCAAAAAAAUUUAUAUGAAUCUUUUCUGUGACUGCAAGAGGUUGGGUCUUAGUCCCAGACGAGUUCAGGAGCUCCAGAACGCUUAGCUGCAUGCUAGCUCGUUAGCAGGUCAUGAAGAUACAGCAGGCCACGUUGUUUCUGGUUGACUUGGGUGACAUUUCAUUCGCAAUAUCGCAUCUAAAACCAAAACUAAGAACAGGCUUAUAAUCCUGGGGUAGAUUUUAGAAAUAAAACCAUUUCUAACCCCCCAAUUCCGCCCCACAGUGCCCCUUCCACAGGAAACAUGAUCAAGCCCACUGUAAGUAGACUACCUUUAAGCCAUUGAGUGUAAGAGGACAAACAAAAUGAAUAUAAUGAACAAACAAACAAAAAAAUUGCCGAUCACCAUCCACAUCAGCUCUGGACGUCUGAACCUGCUGACACUAAUGAAUGAGUCGACAAACACCAAAAGAUCCAGCUCAGAAAGGCGAUAGCUCUCCCGGGUCGAGCGUAGCCUAGCUACACAUCGGCCUCUCGCUGUAAAGAAAUACAACAGUUAAGCUAACUAAGUGAAUGUGAAAAAAAUAUUUUUUUAUUUUGUUUUACUUAAGAUUAUUUAUUUAUUUAUUUAUUAGUUUUCAACUGUGUUGAGGCUGUCAGCUGAAAUGAAGAAGAGAGCGUUUGGUGUUGAGUAGAGCUCACGCUUCGUGAAUAGGAACUGCAAAGAAACAAGCAACAUGUUUUUAAAUUUCUUUUUGAAACUCAGAGACAAUACAAGGUUUGUGCGUUGGACAAGCUUGCUCUGAAGAAAAUUCAAAGUAUUUUUUGAUUUGAAAAAGAAAUAUUAAAAUAUAUAUUAAAAAAACUAACUAAAACAAAACAAAAAAAUUACAUUGUGAGCGAGCAAACAAGUCUGUCUCCCGCUGGUGUGUGAGUCUCACGCGGCUAACAGAGAGACGGCUACCAGGUUCUCUCUGAGCUCCAGGAUUCAUGCUGUGACUCAGAACUUGAACAUAGAUCCAUUGUCAUUCCCAUCAUGCAGGACUCAACAAGCAGACACAGACUUAUUCCUUGUUAAACCUGGACUUUGAAGCUAGGGGAAAGAGUAUUUUCCCGGUCCUCAGCAACGAGCCAAGUAACCGAUUACUUUACCACCCACAUCACUAAAUAUCACCAUGCUGGAAGACAACGCAGUGUUUUCUGAUGUUCAUGUCCUACUGUAGUAUUAUAAGAUACAGAUGUUACUCAUCAUAACCAGUCUUCCAUACUGCUCAAUAUGCAAUGGAUGCAGCCGAAUGUCUCCAGCAGGAUAUGACAUCAUUUGUUUGAAGUGAUUAGAUCCUUUACAUGUGUUAAUGUAUUGUAUUUAUUUAUUUCACAGGCAUGUAUCUUACACCAAGAGAAAUAUAUCAGGAACUAUUACAAGCGAUAAUUCUUCCUCUUUUUGUUCUUUCUCAUGAGCAUCGUCAUGUUGUUUCGCCGUCAUGGCUCGAACACGACAUUCCGAGACACUUCUGUCUGUUUUCCUCCCGGCACAGCUGCCGUGGUUACCAGUGUUUCUUAGUAACCUCUCUCGUGCUUCUUCUGAACAUGGAAAAGAGUCACAGUGGAUCUCGGGUGUAUGAAUGCGGGGACAUAAUUAUACAUAGACAACGGAUGUAUGUGUGUACAUAUUUCACAUACUAGAAAGAUACUAUGUGUGUGCGUGUGUGUUUGUGUGUGUACAUAUGACAUGCACUAGAACAGUGUGUUUUUGUGUACUGUUGACACACUGUAGACCAAAGCAAGAAGGUCAUGCAUCAACAGGCUGGAUGGCAAGGGAAAUGAAGACAAGGCCAUGCAACAUUACCCAAAACAAAACAGACUACAUAUCUUGAAACCCCCAUCCCCACCAUCCCCCUUACCUAUACACACUGUCUCACUAACAUCACACGCUCGCUAAUUCUACCUGUCUUGUUUAUUGCUUAGUCCUACACCCCAAUCUGCCCCUACCUCUCUGCUGUCAGGGCAAGAGACACCCCUAUCUGCCCCCACCUCUCUGCUGUCAGGGCAAGAGACACCCCUAUCUGCCCCUACCUCUCUGCUGUCAGGGCAAGAGACACCCCUAUCUGCCCCUACCUCUCUGCUGUCAGGGCAA